AGGAGAACGAUAGCGUGAUAUUCCCGGAGAGGAAGGGGGAGCGAGAAAAAGGCGGGAGAAAGAGAGAGAGAGGGAGAGAGAGAAAGAAGGGGAAAGGAGUGAACGGUGGAGCUCGCGGGGUUGUCGGGGGCCCGCGAGAGCUACGAGCUAGGUACACGCGGGUGCGUACCGGAGAGGGGCCCCUUACGGAUGUGACAGAGAGGUCGACGCGUGUGCGUGCCGUGGGGUGUCGUUGCCGCGAGUGUGGCGGAGAUUCCUGGGCUCGGUCCUCGGCAUAGCGCGCCGGCUACUCUGACGCGGGAACGGAUCACGUCGGGUGACCUGUGACAUGUCGGAGCACCAUCGCGUUGCCGGUGGUUGGGCCACUGCGAGCCCGCAAAGCCGCGAAGACGGUAACGCCGGUCCCGUCUGGUGGCCUUCGGGCCUUAACGCCGUCUCCCCGGAACAGCAGCAGCAGCAGCAACAGCAGCAACAGCAGCAGCAGCAGCAGCAACAGCAACAGCAGCAGCAGAAUCAUCAUCAGCACCUGAUGAAUCAACAGUCGCCGCAGCAACAGCUGUCGCCGCACCACCAGGAGAUCGUCCGGAGCACCGCCGCGGCGACGCAGCAGCUCUUCUCCUACAAAAUGGCCUCCAGCUUCCAAAACCCAGCGACGACGGGGACACAGUCGAGCGUCUCGACGUCGACGCCGGUAGGCUCGUGUAUGCGGGGAGGUUACGACUACAGACUCGGGGCAUCCGGGGGUGGGGGCGGGGGGGGAGGCGCCCCUACCGCCCCACCGGGCGUUCAGUGGUGGUACCCCGGCGGCGUCAUGGACGCCGGCCAAAACAACAUGCACCAGCAGCAGUUGCAGCAGCAACAGCAGCAGCAGGGACAGCAGCAGCAACACCUAUCGCCCAUUACUACGCAAACGUCCACGCCCCCCGUUAUGUCCCCGCAUCAGAUACAGCAGCUGCCGCAGCAGCAAAAUAAUCUUCAACAAAAUAACGCUCAAAGUCUGCAGCGAGAGAACAUGCCGAGGGGAAAGGCGACCGACGCAAAGCCGAGGGGACGGAUGACCGCAUAUGCUUUCUUCGUUCAGACAUGCCGCCAAGAGCAUAAGAAGAAACACCCCGAAGAGAGAAUCGUCUUCCAGGAGUUCUCCAGAAAAUGCGCUAUGAGGUGGAAGACUAUGUCAGACAAGGAGAAGAAGCGCUUUCACGAAAUGGCUGAGAAGGACAAGAAAAGAUACGACGCCGAAAUGCAAAAUUACACACCGCCGAAAGGAGAAAAAACGACGGGCCGAGGAAAGAAACGUAAACACAUCAAGGAUCUUAACGCCCCUAAGAGAUCAUUGUCAGCAUUCUUCUGGUUCUGCAACGAUGAACGCGGAAAGGUAAAGUUGCUGAAUCCGGAGUAUGGCGUAGGUGACAUCGCAAAGGAGUUGGGUAAAAAGUGGUCGGACGCAGAUCCCGAAACCAAAUCCAAGUACGAGGCUAUGGCGGAAAAGGAUAAAGCCCGAUACGAAAGGGAAAUGACAGCGUAUAAGAAGAAACUGAAGGAUGGGCCUGGAGUAGGAGCCCCCGCAAACGCCAUAAAGAACGAUAGCGAAGAAGAAUGGGAAGAGGAAGACGGCGAAUAAUUGGACGCGCGCAUAAAGGAAGAAAAAAAAAAUCUCAUCUGUCACCCGUGUCCUUGGAUUCCCGAAGCAUACCUCACCUACUGUACAUACCAUUGACCUUAGAGUGAGCGUACUUACAUUAGGAGAACAAAUAACUACCCGCCAGUCCUCGAUUAUUUACAGUAAUGGUUAAGAGAAGACACGAAGAGGGAGGAAAUAGGUUGAAAAAAGGAAACCCGCGAUUAUUGAUAAUUAUUUUAAAAUUGUAUGUAUGCGUGAGAAGUGCAAAAUGAGGAGAUUGUAUAAGUGACAUUUGUAUUUUAACAUAUUGAUAGUAAUAUGUAAAGUGGCCGAUAGGAUAAGGAGUCAGGAAGAGAGAACGCGCGACGGAGGAGAAGGGGUGGCGAAGGAAAGGAGAGAAAAUGGCUUGAAUUUACCUGGAUUACGAGAAGGGAAGUUCAAUCAUUGCUGAUGUCGUUUCUGUUCUAUAUUCGAAAGAUCGGAGUGAGAAAAUACAAGAGGGGCUGAGGGGGAAGAGAGAGAGAGAAAGAGAGGGGAGAGAGCGUGUGGAAAUUUCAGUGAACGAAUGAAUGAGAGCGAGUGAGUGAGUAACGGGGAAGAAGGGAUGAUAAACCGAUUUAGUUAAUACGGAUUGCCCGGUUCGCCUUUACGAACCGCCGCGAGGAAGAACGUUCCAUUUGAAAUAACUUUAAAUUAAUGAACUUUUGUCAGUCCAGUUCGUUUAGUGGCAGAAAAUCGGGGAGAGUCAUGUUGUCGGAACGUUGCUCUCUGUUCUCGAUAUAUCCGUAUAUCUUUAAGUGUCCCCUGUACAUCCGUUCAACCAUUGGAUUUAGUAGUCAAAUAGAAUUCGAAUCCGCUUGCGCAAAUUCAGAAUUACCGCGUUAACCCGGCAGUCGCCAGUGGCGCCCCCUGGCGGUGAACGCGUUAACGAGCGAGCUCUCAGUUAGUCCGACCACCUAAUUCGCAUCCGCCUAGAGUUCAAUGUUCUUUUGUGUUUUCCCCUCCGAAUUGGCAAAGGGAAGACACUUCGUCCAGACACUAUUUUCUGUAAAAUCAGAAGGUGGAAACCCGUGAAAACAAAUGUGACGAUACGACCAGAGAAGACUUCUCGUUUGUUUUCCUUUUUUAUGUAUGUAUAACUAUUUAAGUAAACACUUUGCGUAACACCAAGCCUGUUUGUAUGAUUUAUGAAAACUGGAGCCGCGAUUAACGAGUGUUCAGCAAGCACUCGGUCCGGAUUAGUAUAAAUCGAAGUUCUUCUCUUUUCGUCGAAGCGCCGUGGCUCUCUCUUAAUCACACAUCGUCGAGUCCUCUCUUGUGAUACCUCCCAUGAGAGAAUCUUAGACGUGUAUGCUGAAUGUAUCACAGAAAUAGUGACAUCAGCAACAAUAGUCUUUUUGUAAAAUCAAGAAGCCAUCCUGAAAACUGAAGAGGCAAAAAGAAUACUAAACCGUAUAUAGGACGGCCAUAAACGGAAAGAGAAGAGAAGAGUACAAGUAUCGUAGGGUUUUCUUUAUUACCAUAAAAACGACUCCGGUGAGUGAGGAAAAUACGGAUUAUAUAUAAGAUGAUGGCAGUUAGAGGUGCGCGUUUGCAAUUAUAAUGGAAAGCCAUGAAGGAUAAUCGAUAGAUGGUUGAAGCUGGCUAGAAUUAUUCCAAGUUUUCAGGAGGAAUACAAUAGGCAAGAUAUGAAGUGGGGAAACCGAUAUUUCUAAAUUGUGACAUGUGUUCCUGUCGCAGAUUUCUGUAUUGUAUAUCGCGAAACUACUCAAGACCCGCCCAUCGUUGUAUAAUCGCAUCACACAGGAGUAAGACCACAAAAAAGUUGAUGAAAAACAAACGCUGUUCUGUUUUAAGUUGUAACGAUAGCCAUUAAAUUUGGAACAUUAUCGUAUAUA